AUGGUCGCCCUUGUUGCUCGCCGGGGGAGGGAUUUGCAGAGGUACAACGACCAGGGCCAUCGUCUCGUCGUCGGGUUAGCUCUCCAUCUCCGAUGGAAACCCUAGAUGGGUAUUCCAUUUCAGAAGCUCGAUCAAUCUCCAUGGCUGCGAUUGCUGAAUGAUUUCCCCUUGCAACAGAUGCAUCCCCUACAGAUUGAAGGUGGAUAAUCCUCGCCGGGACGAGAUCGGCCAGGCGCUGCAGGUCCUCAUCAUCAGCUCCCAGAAGGGGCACGAUAUCAUGUUCCCCAAGGUAGACGAGGCCUCUUCAACCCUGAACAUCUCCCCCACUCCGUCUCCAUCUUCUUCCUCCUCUUUAUCUCUCCAAUGCAUAGAUUUCGAAACCCUAAAAAUUCCGCGGCCAUCUUUCAGGGAGGAUGGGAGAGCGACGAAACCAUCGAAGGGGCGGCUUCUCGGGAGGCCGUGGAGGAAGCAGGCGUGAAGGGUCACAUCGAGGUCGGUUCUCCUCCUCCCUGGAAUAAUCAAUCCGCCAUUUUUGCCCCUAAAAUCAUUCCCCAACUCGGAUCAUAUCAGAUGAAUCAAUCCGCCAUAUCCAUGUUCUUCCCCUAAUCCUCAGAAAUCUCACAGUAGCUCGAAAAUUUCUUGCAGGGUCAGCUCGGCAUGUGGGUCUUCAAGAGCAAGACGAAAGACUCCUGCAAGGAGGGGUACAUGUUCCCCAUGAGAGUGACGACGGAGCUCCAUGCCUGGCCGGAGAAAAGCAGCCGGCGGCGGCUGUGGGUCUCGGUGGCGGAGGUCCAGAAGUCCUGCAAGCAGCAGUGGAUGAAGGAAGCCCUGGACAAGUUGGUGGAGCAGCUCUUAGCUCGAUCUUCAAGGUGA